AAGACUGAACAAAGGUAGGAAGCAAGAUGAAGCGCCUGCUGUUCUGGGAGAUUGUGUUUGCUGCAGUCUACAUCAGCCAUUCAAAUCCUCCAGAUGUCUGUUGGUUGCAACCUGAGGAAGGUGAAGGAUCAAGCUUCAUCUUUGCUUUCUUUUAUAACCCCAUCAAGGAUCAGUGCAAUCCUUUCAUUUACAAAGGUCAAGCAGGAAAUGGCAACCAUUUUCUAAGUGAAAGAGAGUGCAUAAGGAACUGUUCUGCCAAUAGAGAGAUGAUCUACCCGGUGGAUGCGACCAAAGCUUGCCGCUUUAAAAUGGCCCAAGGUAAAUGCAGUGCUACGUUUUUGAGAUACUACUACGAUGCUGUUCAUGACAAAUGCAAGAAAUUCCUGUGGUCUGGGUGCGUUGGAAACGGAAACAGGUUUUUUGACCAACUCAGUUGCAACAACACCUGUUCUGGCAUCCACGAUGAUGGUGUGGAAGAGGAGGAAGAGGAGCCGGACACUCCUAUUGCAAUCAUCUGUGGAGUUCUGCUCGGCAUCAUUCUUGUCGCAAUCUUGAUAACUGUGAUCGUCUUGGCCGUUCAGUCAAAGAAAAAGAAUCCCAAAACGAAGGCACAAGGGAAAAGUAAAGAAUCUCAGUCCGGCACACCUCUUCAGGAGAGUGAAAUUGAAAUGGCGUAGACAACAUGUCACCAUGACGGUAACAUUAAUCAGCAUAGUUGUGUAUUGUAACACUAAUAGUCUAAAUACCAAACACAACUGAUCAACGCAUUUGAGUUUUCAUUUUUUUUGCUGACUGAUAUCCAUUACAUUCCUAUUUUGUUUAAGGUUUUUGUUUCACCUACAAUACUUGCAGAGUGAUGUUUCUUAAAUUGUGUUUUUCGCUGUGGCCUUAUAGUCUACUUUCAUUGAGUAAUUUAAAUAAAUCUUAUAUCAAAGUGUAAUCAAAAGAAAUCACAGUGGCAAAAAUUAGUAAAUUGAUUGAUCAAUUUAACUGAAACCAUUAUGAUCAAGUGGGGAAUCGUUGAAUUAUUUUCUCCAGGAAGACUGCCAAUGGUUUUCUUUGUUCAAACCAUUUGUUAUUGGAAUGAUGUCCAGCUGCUUUGCUGUGAUGUACAGAACAUAGUUGGGUCAGCUGGAAAAAACUAAUUGGAAAUUGUGACAGACAUUUCUCACAAUGUUUAUACACUCACACUCAACAACAAACAGGAGCAGAACUGCAAUAUUCUCAAAUUAGGUACUCAUAUGCUUGUGCAAAAUAACCCCAAUGCUGUCUUACGAUGUAGUCUUGUGACCAUCUUAGUUUUUCCAGAAUAUAACUUCAUUACCUUGCUCAAAGAUAUGCUGAAAAGUAUCUGAAGUCUUCUGAAGGAACGUGCCAAUUCUAAACCCAACAUAUAUAUUUAGAGGUGUUUUUGUGAAGUGCAUGCCCUCUCUUCUCUAGUUGAAGCGGUUCAUAAGACAUUAUCAUUGUCCUCAUUAAUUUGACUUUUAACAUUUCCAGUCCUUCAAUAAAAGUUUAUCAGUAAAUAAAACACAACAUUUCUUAACCUUGAAGUUAUUCUGUCAUAUAGAUUUGAACAAACUUGUUUUGUUAUUUUAUAAAGUAAUCAUGCAUUUUGGAAAUGUAACGCAUUGCACCUGUGUUGAUGGAAUGCAUUUUCACGCAACACUUCUAAAGUAAUUUAAGCUUUACAACAUUACUUAAUUCCAGGCACGUGCACAGCUGGACCCCUAGUGCGGGGGUGUCAAACUCAUUUUCACCAAGGGCCACAUCAGCAUAAUGGCUGUCUUCAAAGGACCAGAUGUAACUUAUAAAUGUAACUAAAUGUAAUCGAAUGUAAUGUGUUUUAACUUUAACUUUAUGACUUUAUGCCAUCAGUGUGGUUUGUGUCUGUAAGGUUCAGUAAUAGACAGCUAACAUUUGUUUAUUAACAGACUGUAUAGGACAUGAACUAAGCGGAAGUUAAACGAGAGCGUACAGCUGGUCAGAAUACGCAUUUUCUUCUAGUUUUGAAUUAAGUUAAUGAUGCUGUGAUGCUUCAACGAGCUAUUAGGAGUGAUUGGCGGAGUUUUGAAACCAGGAGCGCUUGUAGAGCACAUAUGAGCCGCUGCAGCGUAGUGGGGGGGCAGCGGCUUUAGCGGAGCGUGUGCAGACGCAUAACCCCGACAGUACAUGCAGGUUAUGCUGUUUACAUGCACGACCAUUGCAUGUCCAACGGUGUGUUUUAACUCUAUUAUAUGCCAUCAGUGUGGUUUGUGCCUGUAAGAUUGAGUAAUAGACAGCUGACAUUUGUACAUUAACUGACUGUAUAGGACGUGAACUAAGCGGAAGUUAAACAAGA